AUGCCGACUUCAGCAGAGGAAACCACAGAUGUUAGAAUAACACGACAGGAUAGACGAGCUGCUGAAAUAUUAGUAGCACUAAGCCGAAAUAAACGAUAUCAUCCGAGAAAAGGAGAUGAAAAAAAUUCGUCUAAUAAAAAGGGUAAAGCUGAAAAGGAGGACAAUUCCAAGGAAACCAUGAUGAUUAUUAAGGCAUGGAACCUAGCUAAGCCCGACCCGGUGGAGAAUAUACCCAGUCGUGUUGCUAAAUUGGUUGAUCAAUUCAGUCAACCGAUUAAGAAGCAGCUUACGGUGAGUGACGUGAAGGAGGAUCAACGUAGGCUCAUGUUGGGGAAGGAUGAAGUGAAAAAAAAGAUGCAUCCUCUUUUAACAGGUUCUGAGAUUAAGCGAUUGAAAGAAGGGCUCGAUGUUACGGUGUAUGGACCAGGGAAUGUGUCUAGGACAAUGAGGUUCAAGAUGUGGAGCAGCACGCCUGUGUUGACUUCGGGAUGGAAAGGGUUCGUGGAUGCAUGUGAUCUCAAGGAGCAUUGUGAUUUUAUACAUAUUUGGAUGUUUAGGCGCAGAGAGACUCGUGAGCUUUGCUUCGUUAUUGAAAAGACUAAGUAUUCUACAAUAACGAAACCGCUGGCUAAGGAGAUCUCGGACCAAAUUAAUUAG